AUGCUGGUGAUAUUGCUGAACUGCAUCACACUGGGCAUGUACCAGCCCUGCGUUGAUGAUCAAUGCGUCACCAACAGGUGUAAGAUUCUACAGGUUUUCGAUGACAUAAUAUUCGCAUUCUUCACCCUUGAGAUGACAAUUAAAAUGGUUGCGAUGGGUGUUUACGGGCACGGCACGUACCUUGCCGACUCUUGGAAUAGAUUAGAUUGCUUUAUUGUUAUGGCUGGGGCUCUAGAAUACGCUUUGAACGUGGAGAAUAUUAAUUUAUCUGCCAUCAGGACUAUAAGAGUGCUUAGACCAUUGAGGGCCAUCAACAGGAUACCUAGCAUGCGUAUCUUAGUGAUGCUUCUCCUGGACACUUUACCGAUGCUAGGAAAUGUACUACUGUUAUGUUUCUUCGUUUUCUUCAUAUUCGGAAUUGUUGGCGUUCAACUCUGGGAAGGCAUCUUGAGGCAGCGCUGCGAACUUGUCCUACCGCCAAACGUACUACGACCUAAAGACCUGUCCGAAUGGUACAGAGUGCGCGUCAGAGUGAACUCCAUCUCGUUCCACUACGAGUUCUCGAAAGAGCUAGACUACAUAUGCACAACGCCUGAAGACAGUGGAAUGCACCUGUGUGGAGACUUCCCACCGUAUCGAUAUGGACCUCUCGUAUGCAAUGAGUCUGCCAGGCCAUUUUCUUACAACCAUCCGACCAAUAAUUCUUGCGUUAAUUGGAAUCAAUACUAUACGAACUGUACCCAAAGAGGCUCGAAUCCCUUUCAAGGCACCAUAUCCUUUGACAAUAUCGGUCUUGCUUGGGUUGCAAUAUUUUUGGUUAUAUCCUUAGAAGGUUGGACGGACAUCAUGUACUACGUUCAAGAUGCUCAUAGUUUUUGGGACUGGAUUUAUUUUGUUCUUCUUAUUGUGAUUGGAUCAUUUUUCAUGAUAAAUCUCUGCUUAGUCGUAAUUGCAACUCAAUUCAGUGAAACAAAGAAACGUGAAAUGGAAAGAAUGCGAGCUGAGCGUGCACGCUUUACAUCUUCAUCAACGCUAGCUUCGUCGACUAACAAUAGUGAGCCGGCUACUUGCUACGCUGAAAUUGUCAAGUAUGUCGCGCACUUGUGGAGAAGGUUCAAAAGGCGGAUGGCGAAAAAAAUCAGGGUAUAUAAAUAUCAACGAGCUCAACUGCAAUGGCGAACAAGUCGUGAAACACUGCAAUUACCAUCAAAUCGUCCGAAACAGCAUCAUCCUUGCUGUCCCCGUGUACACCCACAGGGUAAUGGAAAAGGUGGUGAUGAAGCAGGAGACGAACCACUUAGCAGACCGAGCUUAUUACGAGUACCUUCGCUCUCUGCUGCAGAUCUUGAGAAUGCAUCAAAUCUGUCACUCUUAUCGCCUCCGUCCCUUGCUCGAAGACGAUCUUCAGUAAUGUUUAGUGACACAGUUCUUCUACAUGUGCCGAACGCGCAAAACUUGGCUCAUCCACACAAUAUUUGCUCAUCCGAAAAAAUGACACAAACUGAUUCAUUGUGUCAACGUGACUGGCUUAAGUGCCAAAGUGAGUUCGACCUGCCGGCAGGAGAGACAGCGGAAGAACGUGCAGCCGCAGGUGGAACCAUGUCAUGUCAAGAACUACUAGCAUUGUCUGGAGCUUUAUCAGCUGCCUUACCGACUGGACAAGUCGCUUUAGAUUCAUUCUUUGAAGAACUGACCAAAGGAAUUAGCAAACGAGCUGGUGAAGACAAAUUAGAAACGAAGAUUGUGGAAAUAGAUGAUUUUUCAUGUUGCGCUGAACUCAUAGCAGCUGAAGCAGCGGCCGCUGAAAAGAAGAAAGGUCGACUUAUUAAAGCUUGUGUAAGACUCUGGAGGCUGAUAAUGAAACGUUUUUCGUUAUUAAGAAAACAUAUAAAAGAAAUUGUAAAUCACAAAUAUUUUCAACAAGGUAUUUUGCUGGCAAUUUUAAUAAACACAUUAUCCAUGGGAAUUGAGUAUCAUAACCAACCAGAAGAAUUAACGGUUAUAGUUGAAUACAGCAACAUUGUAUUCUCUGCUAUAUUCGCAGUAGAGAUGCUCCUUAAAAUUAUUGCUGAAGGACCUUUUAAGUAUAUAUCAAAUGGAUUUAAUGUGUUUGAUGGUGUCAUUGUGAUCUUAAGUGCAUUUGAACUAGCACAAAGUAUGGGUAACGAACAUGAUUUAGCUGGAAGUUCAGGAUUAUCGGUGUUAAGAACAUUUCGACUCUUGCGCAUUUUAAAGUUAGUGCGCUUUAUGCCAAAUCUUAGACGCCAGCUAUUCGUCAUGUUGCGGACAAUGGAUAAUGUCGCCGUCUUCUUUUCGCUUCUGGUUCUAUUUAUAUUUAUAUUCAGCAUCCUCGGUAUGAACCUCUUCGGGUGCAAAUUCUGCAAGAAAGAUGAAGAGGGCGAUGUAGAGUGCGACAGAAAAAACUUUGAUACGCUCUUGUGGGCCUUUGUCACGGUGUUUCAGGUAUUGACACAGGAAGAUUGGAAUGUUGUAUUAUUUAACGGCAUGGAAAAAACAAGUCAUUGGGCUGCGUUGUACUUUGUAGCUUUAAUGACUUUCGGCAACUACGUUUUAUUUAACCUACUCGUAGCUAUACUUGUAGAGGGUUUUAGCUCAGAGAGAAAUGAAAGAAGGGAACGCGAGCAACGCGAAUUGGCUAAAUCGAAGUUGUCGAGCGAAUGUUUUUCUGACAACAACGAAUUACAAUACGACGAAUCCAAUUCAGGAUCUCACUCUAGUGACAGUUUUUCCCAGAAUGAAAUAAAGAACUACUGGAAAUCAGCAGACGAUGUGAGGAAAGCGAAAGACGACGUUAACGGUCACAAAGAUAAGACCACAAAAGUUCGACGUAAAACUAAAUCAUCAGCUCAUCAUCCAUCAUUAUGUAAAGAUUGCUCGCAAUCCAACAAAUGUAACAUACAAAAGGAAUCAAAAAUGUUAGCCAAUACUGAGAACAGUACAGUCGUACCAAUGAUUACGCACACAGCAGCUACACCACAAGAUUCACCAUCAACAACUUUGGAACCUGGCACGACAUUUAGAGACUUCAAUGUAGCUUUGACAUUAGAAAGAUCAACGAUGCUGUCAAGCUUAGAUUCCAUUGACCGGAGUUCUUGUACCAGCAUACCAGGUUUAUUAAAACCACCUAAUAGUUACACUCUGACACUUCACUCCGCAGCCGCUCAAUUAGGUGCUGAGAAAGCCAGACUUCCUCCAAUGUCCCUUGCCCCACCACCCUUGUCUCUCGCUCCUCCUCCAUCCAGAUCUAUAUCUCCCGCGUCAACUCCAACCACACCAAGAUCUGUACCUUCUCCGAUACUCCCAGAAAAAAACCUACAGGUCACUAUCGCAAAAGACGAUAAUUGUCUAAACGUGACUGACAAGUCUAGUUUGCUGAGCUCACAAAAAAGUCUCGCAAUAACUACUCCAACCGUUAAUGGAGACGAUAAGUGUAGAGUACAGCGGGGAUAUAGCUGGCGUCUUUCAAGACCAAGCUUGCGACGCAAAAAGCAAAGAACGGGAUCUGAUUCAGACGCUGUUAUACUAAACAAUGGUCGUGACCACGCCGCUUGCAAUGGUUCAAAUUUACGAAAGAACGAACUACUCCUCUCGUCUUCGAUGGUGAUCAAGAAUGACACACAAUCAGAAUUUCCAAAUAACCGUUCCAAAGCACAGCUGCCAGCUGCAAGAGUACUUGCGCCACCAGCGAGACGAGUUUCAGCUCACACUACUCCUAUACUACCAGAUGUAUCGUGGAAAGCACCAGAAGCUGGUUUUUCAUCAGACUCUACAGUUAGACUAGACACUGUGAAAACUCCUCCACAUAGAUUAUCCCUUACAAAUGAUUAUUUAACAGUGACCACGGUAUCCGAAGUAAAGGCUAGUAACCUAACGCCGACAACACCACAACUCGCUCAGAUACCACCGCGACCACGAAACGACUCAUUACGACCAAAUAAUCAAGGGUUGCCUUUGAUUAAGCAAAUCAACGAAGACGUCACGAUAAACAACAAUAUUUGUAUUUUCUCAUCGAGAUUCGAUAGACGGCAGUUUAGAUUUAAGGAUCUUUUUCGAUUUAUGGAACCGACGGGGUGUCUUAAGGAAAAAGAGGAUUAUUCUCUUUACAUAUUUGCUCCAAAUAACAAGAUAAGAAGAUUAUGUACGUGGAUGGUUACGAGAAGUUGGUUCGACAACAUAGUGCUAUUGUUCAUAGCAUUAAACUGUAUUACACUGGCCAUGGAGCGACCUAACAUUCCCCCUGAUUCUAAAGAGAGAUCCUUCCUUUCAAGCGCUAAUUACGUUUUUACCGUUGUAUUUGCGGUUGAGAUGUUUAUUAAGGUGGUGGCAUCUGGAAUGUUCUACGGAUCGGAAGCAUAUUUCACUUCAGGCUGGAACAUAAUGGACGGAUCACUCGUCAUUAUAUCUAUAAUUGACCUAUUGAUGUCUUUAGUAUCUGAAUCCAGUCCAAGAAUAUUUGGAAUUUUAAGGGUAUUUAGAUUAUUAAGAUCAUUGAGGCCUUUAAGAGUAAUAAACAGAGCCCCGGGUUUGAAAUUAGUGGUUCAAACAUUGUUAUCAUCACUGAGACCUAUUGGGAAUAUUGUACUUAUAUGCUGUACGUUUUUUAUAAUUUUUGGUAUACUGGGAGUACAGUUAUUCAAAGGAGCGUUCUUUUAUUGCGAAGGCGCGAAUAUAAAAACUGUUAGGAAUAAAUCCGAAUGUCUAGCGAUAGAAGGCAACGUGUGGGUAAACAGGAAGUAUAACUUCGACGAUUUGGGUAAAGCUCUGAUGUCACUGUUUGUCCUUAGUUCGAGGGAUGGGUGGGUUAAUAUUAUGUAUACGGGUCUUGACGCCGUUGGAGUUGAUCAACAGCCAAUAAUAAAUUAUUCGGAAUGGCGACUUCUUUACUUUAUCGCGUUUAUAUUACUGGUGGGUUUUUUCGUACUGAACAUGUUUGUGGGAGUCGUUGUGGAGAACUUUCACCGCUGCAGAGAAGAACAAGAGAAAGAAGAGAGAGUGAGACGGGCUGCUAAACGAGCACUGCAAAUGGAAAAGAAAAGACGAAAAAUGCAUCAACGACCUUACUACGCGGAUUACUCCCAAUACCGUCUCUUUGUACAUAACGUCGUCACUUCAAAGUAUUUCGACUUAGCCAUAGCAGGUGUUAUCGGUCUCAAUGUCGUUACCAUGGCUAUUGAAUACUAUAGAAUGCCACCAGCGUUGCAAUAUGCAUUGAAGAUAUUUAAUUACUUCUUUACGGCCGUUUUCAUACUUGAAGCGGCCAUGAAACUUGUGGCGCUCGGUUUCAAAAUUUAUCUAAAAGAUAAAUGGAACCAACUCGAUGUUAUAAUUGUAAUACUAUCAAUUGUGGGAAUAGUAUUAGAAGAAUUAGAAACGAACAUAAUACCAAUAAAUCCAACAAUAAUGAGGGUCAUGCGAGUGUUGAGGAUCGCGAGAGUGCUGAAGUUGCUGAAAAUGGCGAAGGGCAUAAGGGCGUUGUUAGAUACGGUAAUGCAAGCGCUGCCGCAAGUCGGAAAUCUGGGACUGUUAUUUUUUCUUCUGUUCUUCAUAUUCGCGGCUCUGGGUGUCGAAUUGUUUGGCAGACUGGAAUGUUCAGAUGAGAUUCCUUGUCAAGGUCUCGGGGAACAUGCCCAUUUCGCUAACUUUGGAAUGGCGUUUCUCACAUUGUUUCGGGUGGCGACGGGUGACAAUUGGAACGGCAUUAUGAAGGACACUCUGCGGGAGGACUGCGACAGCUCCGUAGAUUGCGUGCGGAACUGUUGCGUGUCAACUAUUAUUGCACCGAUAUUUUUUGUCGUAUUCGUACUUAUGGCGCAGUUUGUCCUCGUCAACGUUGUAGUUGCUGUCCUCAUGAAACACCUAGAAGAAUCCCACAAACAAAUGGAAGAUGAAAUUGACAUGGACGUUGAACUGGAACGCGAACUGGAACGAGAAGCUGACGAUGAAGAAGACAGGGCACUGUGUCGUGCGCUCGAGCAAUGUACUUCACCACCUCGGUCUUUAAACAAGGUACCAUCCCUUCCGGCAAAUUUCACUUAUAGCGAGCCAAAGCAACAGCCGAUACCCUCACCCGCACGCAGACGACGCACACUACACUCGCACCACGCUUUACUACCAGCGGCCCUACCACAAAGACGAGCCUCCCUCUCGCCUCAUGCAUUCGGACGACGUCGACAGGACUCCACUGAGACACCGACUGCACUCUAUGAGGAGGACGCUCGUUUCAUCGAUGCCGACGAUGUCGACGAACUCGAACCUGGAAGCCCGCCACGAAGAGACUCAUUCGCACAGAACAGAAGACAGCGAGCCGACAAGAGGAACUCACUUCGCGGUGAGGAGGCAAGGCUCCUGCGGCCGGCUCCAGUUCUGCUUGCUGUCCCCACGACCAGGCAGAGCAUCCGACGAGGUAGCUCCAAGCGAACGAUGUCCGCGGAUUCAGGUGCGCCGAAUGACAUAUCGCAUGCGGCCAGCUCUUCUCCACAGCUUUCCCCUGAUGACCCAACAAUAACUGAGGAGGAGGAAAUCAGGAUCGUCAUAGCUGAAAGACGAAAGAUCGAUCCAGUGAGGCCGGAAGCUGAGGACGUAGAGCUGUCGGAGCGUGGCUCCUAGUCCAGGCGGGGCCGGCCGCAGCAACACCACGAGGUCUACAUCUGAAUCAACUUAGAUCAGGAAUCUAGGUGUGAACCUCUUCCCUCUCCAUACGACUUCCUGCCUUCCUUCCGCGAGAGUGAUGGAUCAUUCAAAGUUUGGACUCGGUUGUAAAGUGACAGUGAACGUUGUGUAUUAAAUUUGAUGACUUUUUCAAGGAUAAACUAGAACUAAACUUUGAUCACUUUUUUAACCGAUUGAGUGGAUGUUCGUUUUUAUGUUCAGCUCUGUUCUAUUCUCUUACGUCUGAUCUAUUCCGAAAUCCUUUAUUUCCCACUGCGGCCGGUUCGACAAUUUUAUCGAGAGACUUUAAUAAAUUUAAGAUUUAUUUUUUAACUUAGUUAGGUAGCCGUUAGAACUAGUCAAUUUUGUGGUGGUGGGAUGUUUUCUACGAGUGCUAAUACUUCAUAACUUGUUUUAGUAAUUUAUUCGUACGGUGCUUGUUGUCAAUGUUUGAUUCGUUGUGUAAAUUUUACUUUAGGACUCUGAAAAUCCUCAACGAAUAAUCUGUUUGCGUGUGAUAAUAUUUAGUUUUGAUUGAUGUUUGUGGUUUUGUUUUAGGUGUCGUAUGUUAGAUUUAAUUUUAAUUUUAAGUACGGGUUUCGAAUCAUUGAAAUUUAGAGCUGUAUAAGUUAACGGUUUGAAAAGCCUAUUAUAAUGUUGUUUUAAAUGUUAAUAUUUAGUUUUUACUAUACCGACAUGUAGUAAAGGACUGUUUAGACUCGUAGUGAACUUUAUCUAGUUAAAUCUAUGUCAAUCUAUUAGUAUUAAAAACAGAACCAAAAGUUCGCGAAUUGAGUAAUAUUCUCUUUUAAGACAAAAUAAUAUUUUCUGAAUAUAAAUGAAUCCUAUUUUCAUACAAAAUCAUGUACUUAUUUAGAUUUUAACUGGCAAUACGCACAUGUUAGGAAGUAGAAUUACAUUCGAAUUGUGAGAUACAUUUCUAACAAAGCAGAUAACAUAAAACGAUUUCAUGAACCACAGUAGGUUUGAAUAAUCCUAGUGUUUGUAUUUAGCGAUGUAUUUUAAUAGCGGUGCCAAAUUUACAGAUGUUUUAUUAAAUUUUAUUUACACAUUGUCUUUAAAAUUCUAUUUACUCUAUGCUCAGUAUCAUUUUUUUAGUAAUUUCGAAAGACGACACUCGUGUUUCUUCUUAAUAUAUUUUAUUUUAUUACAACGUAUGUAGUUCUCGUUAUGAAAGAUGUCAUUAGUUAGGGAAGUCAGCAAUAAAUUUUAUACUUCAACUGUGCCUUUCCUAUUUCUAAUAAAUUAGCUUGUGAAUCGAUGAUAGGCUCAGAUGUAUAUUGUAGUUUAACAAAUUAUAUAAACAAAUGUUACAUUUCUUUAAAAAAAUCACUUUGCACUUGAAUUAUUACUUCCAAAUCAGAGAUAUCAUUCCAAUUAUUGAUUUUUCAUUUUUCAUAGCACUUUUCUUAAUUAUUUCAUAAUUAAAGAUUUUUAUAUUAUUCUUGCGUACUAAUUACGAUAAAUUCAACUAUUGCAUUUUUGUAUCGCAUUUUUCUUGCUUUUAUUUUUCUUUUUCUUUAUAUUUCUUACUUCGUUCUAAAUAUAAUACUGUCUUCCACAAUCCUUUUUAUACACAAUAUUUCCAAUACAAUUCAAUAAUCGUUCUUAAUGAAACUGUAGAUUUUUCCAUUAACAUAACAUAAAAAAUAUAUUUCAUGUAAAAUGAAUUGAUUAAAUGGAAUUUAGUAAAAUUAAGAAUAGUAUUUUCGUGAUAAAAGCAAAUUUCGUGAUAAAAUGUUUAAUUGUUUUUUUCGGUACUGACUGUAUAAUAAGUUUAAGAGGUAUGAACAAUGUUCAUUAGUUGAGUACACCUGUUACAUUUAGCUGGUGAUCUGUCGAGUAA